CUCAUUGACCUAGCACGGCGCAAGCUCCAGCUGACUAACAUUAACCCCGAACCUCCCAAUUCAGCAAUUGCGCGAGUUCGCGAUCCUUCCUUGUUUACUGCACAUGCGCGAAGAAAACAUUUGAGACGCGAUUGUCCGAUAAAACCCCCUGACCUGGCUACCUUUUAAUAUACGUCCACAAGAUAUCAGGUUAACCAUACACAAUGGCCCCGAGGGGUCGUGGGCGUAAAACCGUGCCCGGAGGGUCGACGGGAAGAACCAGUGGUCAGGCGGAAAGCUCAAAGGAUGCAGCGCCCGCCUCUUCACCAGCAGCUGCACCAGAGGCUGGGACAGCGUCCUCGUCUCGGGGAGGAAAGUCAAGUCCAGCAGGACAGCGAGGAAGAGGAAGAGGAAGGGGGAGGGGUAGGGGAGGGGGAGGGGGAGGCCCUGGAAGAGCUGAGAAAGCCACAUCUUCCAGACAAUCGGACGUACAACCGGGUGAUCCUCUCCCACCAACGCGAAGACACCGAUAUCAUCCAGGAACAGUCGCCCUUAAAGAAAUCCGACGAUACCAACGCUCAUGGGAUCUACUUCUUCUCAAACUCCCCUUUGCACGCCUUGUUCGAGAGGUUGCUAUGGAGAUGCUACCAUCCGAAGUCGGUGAAGAGCUUAGAUGGCAAUCGCAGGCAAUCCAGGCUCUACAAGAGGCAUCGGAGGCAUUUCUAGUUCAUCUUUUCGAGGAUACGAAUCUCUGCGCGAUCCACGCUAAGAGAGUCACCAUUAUGCAGAAGGAUAUGCAACUUGCGAGACGAAUUCGGGGUGCUUGGGGUGGCGUUGGUUAACUUGGAAAAGAUGUUCAAAGAUGAACUUGAAAAAGAGUUGGCCUUGCAUU